CAGCCGCCUUCUCCGCGGCUCCUCCUAAGGGAAGUAGCGCCGCCAUUUUCUCUGGCGGACUGAAGCGAGCGUCGCGUCCGCGCACGGGAGAUCGGGCCUUGCAAGCGCAUCUCAGCAGCCGAACUUUUCAUCCAUUUCCACUCAGAAGCUUAGGCUAAAAUGAGUGGCUGUCGUGUCUUCGUUGGACGUCUAAGUCCACAUGCUCGGGAGCGAGAUGUGGAGAAAUUUUUCAAGGGAUAUGGCCGUAUACGUGAAAUCAAUCUGAAAAACGGCUUUGGUUUUGUGGAAUUUGAGGAUCACAGAGAUGCAGAUGAUGCUGUUUAUGAACUGAAUGGUAAAGAACUGUGUAAUGAAAGGGUUACAAUUGAACAUGCCAGAGCCCGAAGAGGGGGUAGAGGCAGAUACCCACAACGGUUCAAUUAUUACCAAUCCUAUGGGGGUGGAUCUAGCCAGUAUGGACCACCUCUUCGUACUGAACAUAGGCUUAUAGUUGAGAAUCUUUCUUCACGUGUUAGCUGGCAGGAUUUGAAAGACUUCAUGAGAAAGGCUGGAGAAGUUACCUUUGUAGAUGCACACAGAAACAAUCCAAAUGAAGGAGUGGUGGAGUUUGCAUCAUCCAGUGACAUGAAGAGUGCAUUGGACAAGUUGGAUGGCAGCGAGUUGAAUGGGCGCAGAAUUAAGCUAAUUGAAGAUCGCAAAAGGCGCAGAAGCAGAUCCCGUUCACGAAGUUAUUCAAGAUCUCGCAGCAAGUCUAGAUCUGCAAGAUCUUCCAAGUCAACAAGCAAGUCUCGUUCUCGAAGCCGUACCCCUGAAAAGAGGGGCUCUCGAAGCCGCACACCUGAAAGGAAGGGCUCAGAGAAAAACCACCACUCUGGCCCGCAAAAUUCCUCUCCAUCUCCUCCCCCAGCCAAGAAAAGGUCUCGCUCUAGGUCGAGCUCUGCUGAAAGCCGCAGUUAAGGAAUUUUGAGAGGUGUAUAAAUAUUUCAUUUCUAAGUCAGAUUUUCUACAAGCCUGAAUAAGAUGCAAAUGGGGGGGGGAGGGAUAAUUCAUCAGGUGAGCAUAGACCUCUGAAGAGAGUAUGUAAACUUGCCCUCUUUAUAGAGUUAGAUAAAUUGUAACCAAUAAUAAAAGCAAUUUAAAUCGGCAAAUUAUAAUUACCCACAUGUACUAUGUACUUCUGUAGGUGAAGCCUUACUGACUCAAGCAGUACACAUAUGGGAGUUUUGUCCUUAUUGUUGAAUAUGAUAAAUUUAAGACAUGGACCGUGGUGCCGCUUUUCAGAGUCCUUUGGCUGUGCUUCUUGUUUGCACAUAGAAUAUCUUCUAGUUAACAUUGAGUAAAUCACCAUGGAUAGUUCAGCUGACUAUUAACAUGCUGUUUUGAAAAGUCCCAUGCAACUUCCCAAUAUAGUUAUCCUUUAGUACUGCACAGGUGGGUAUCUGAAUUGGGAAGGAAUAAUUUUUCCUUAUUCUUAACGAGUAUUUACAUUUAAAGUAGCAAGCCAGGGAAUGUGUUUUAAUGUGUUAUCUGGUUAAGCAGAUGCUGCUGUGAAAUUUUUAAUGCUACUUUAGAGUAAGGCCUAGCCAAGAAGUACAUCUUCCACACCAAGUUUUAUCUGGACAGGGUACAAAGUUUCAUAACCCACUUCAUGAUAUAAAAAAUCAAAACAUAACGGAUACUUUAAUGCAGCAACUUAAGAGUAUUUAACCUGGCAGUCUUGCAAAUGCAUUGUUUUACAGAGAUACCCUUUGUGAAAUAAAAAUACACCAGUUUUACUGAAGUUUUUAUUUUAAUAUUACAAAGAGAGCGACCAGAGUGUGACACUUAAAAUACUGCAGGUACAUGUAGUAUCAGAAGCAGUAAAUUGUCAAAUUUAAUAGGGGAACGUUAUUUUCAAACUGUCAAAACAAAUUUCCAGUCAAGCUUCAUGUAAUGUGAAUUUAUUAAUGCUAAAGUGUAAAAGGGCAUUUUCCUUAGGUUUACAAAACAUGAUUUUGUUUUUGUUAGUAUGUAGUACUAUGUUAAUCUUUAACAACUUUGUGAUCACUAAACUAUCUGGCUUCCACAUACCUAAAUGAGGGAAUCUGCUUCAAAUAUUUGUAAACUGAACCCUAAAAUGUUUAAAUGUAUUGGUGUGAUACAGUAAAUACAAUAAAUGUUUCUCCCCUGCUUACUGCAGCUUCAGCGGUCUUUCUGUGUUGCUCAUUAAAGCUAAGUUUGUAAACUU